UUUAGAAUAGUACAAUUUUGGGUCUUCUGGUUAGAAAGGCAGCUCAACGCUCAAUCGAUUAGUUAAGUGCAAAACGUAGGGUGCGUCCAAUGUCGGUGUUUGUCGUUUUGAAUGUGUGUUUUUAAGUUGUGUGUAUGUUCUUUCCCUUCCAAUAAACACGCUAUCCCGUAAGAUUAAAGUGUCCAGCGUUGUUUUGUAUAUUAAAUGUGCUUAUAGUACCCCAUUACGGUAGCUCUAACUCUCCAUCAUUUGCCCAGUGUCCGUACUAAUUUGGUCCGCGUAAGAGCAUAUUUAGUUAGGCAUGGCGUCAUGCUUCCGCUAUACACACGCAAUCACUGCCAGAAUUCCAUUAUCGUUAAGAACACGUGGAGAAAUCGAUCUGGAGGAGGCCAAACUGCAGCAUGAAAGUUAUGUGAAAAUGCUACGUGAUCUGGGACUGGAUGUGAUAGAACUGCCACCGGAUGAAAAUCUACCUGAAUGUCCGUUCGUCGAAGACUGUGCCGUAGUUUGUAAUGGAAUAGCAUUAAUUUGUCGACCCGGCGAUCCUCAUCGGAUGCAGGAAGUCGAGGCAGUACGGGCUGUACUAAAGAAGGAACUGGAUCUUCCCUUAGCCGAAAUAGCCGAUCCGAACGCUAGGCUGGACGGGGGCGAUGUACUCUUUACUGGGCGAGAAUUUUUCGUUGGUCUCAGUAAGUGGACCAACGAAGCGGGUGCUCGUGCAGUAGCGGCCGCCUUUCCCGAGUAUCCUUGCGUGCCGAUAAAGGUCUCCGAACACCAUCAUCUCAAGUAUUAUGUGUCCAUGGGUGGGCCCGACGUUCUCUGUGUGAGCCGCAGCAAGGAAUCGCAAGAGAUCUUGAAACGGAUCGAAAGAGAAGCCACUUUUACAUACCACACGCUGACACUGCAGGAAGAGGCAGCUGCUAAUGUGCUGUACAUCAACGGCACGCUUGUCACAAGAUCCGUCGAUGAAAUUCCAAUAUCAACGCAGAUUUUAUCGCAGAAAAUCGACAAUCCACGCCAGAUGCUGUACAUGUCCGAACUGGGCAAGUUUUCCAACGGGCUUACUGCUUGCUCCAUUUUGGUGAAACGUUCCAAGCACAUUAAAAGUCUGUAAGCGUUAU